AUGUUGGAAGCUGAAGCUGCAGGUCCUGGAGGGAUGGCCAAGACAGCUGGCUUCUCUGUUUUCAGUGUUCUGGUGACAGGAUCUGAUCAGGGGAUCGGCCUGGGUCUGGUGAAGAGAUUUCUGGAGCUGCCCUGUCCACCCAAAUGGGUCUUUGCUACAUCUCUUGAUCUGCAGGGAGAGGAAUCUAAGCAAACAAAAUAUGUCACUAAUCUUGAAAGCAUCCAGUCAGCUCUGAAAGAAGUGGAAAAAUGUGUUGGAGAAGGAGGGAUGAACAUCCUAAUCAACAACGCUGGCACUUCAUCUCCCAAUGAUCUGGAAACAGAAAAUGCCAAGGAUAUGAUGAGAGUUUACUCUGUCAAUACGAUUGGCCCACUGCAAAUGACUCAGGCAUUUCUGCCCCUUCUGAAGAGGGCAGCCCGGAGGAGUCCGUGCCAAGGGCUGAGCAGCAGCAAGGCAGCCAUUAUUAACAUAUCCAGCAUUGCCGGAUCAAUUGAGAAUGUGGUUUUUUUGAAAAACGUGAAGAUAAUUGCAUAUCGUUGCAGUAAGGUUGCUUUAAACAUGCUCACCAAGUGCCAGGCUCUUGAAUAUUCAGCCGAUGGGAUUAUGAGCAUCGCCAUCCAUCCUGGCUCGGUUAAAACUGCUCGCAACCCACAUGGGAAGAAAUUUCUGCAGGAAAGCAUGUGCUUAUAA